AAUCCCCGAUGUCCGAGUCCAAGAUGGGUGCUGGCGGACAGUCUCCUCUGGGCUGCCUUGUUCCCACCUUGGCUACUGUGUGCUUUUCUCUGUAGCAAAUGUGCUGGCCCUUGGGCCUGUUUGUGGCUUGCCCAACACCCCAGUAACUUGCUCUGCUUUCUUCCCAGGUGCCACGGCCCCGUGGACCACCACGAGCUCCAGAAUGAAUUUGAGGGAAUGUUGAAGCAACACCUGGAAGAAGCUCGGCAGCGCUGGAACUUUGACUUUGAGACGGAGACUCCCUUGGAAGGACAGUUCAAGUGGGAGAGGGUCCUCCAGGCUGAGCAGCCCCCCCAGGAGGUCCACAGCCUGGCCAAGGCCACCAGCAGUGAGAGCUCCUCGGUCCACAAGGUCCCUGCCAAGAUCCAUCGCAGCAGGAUUUCCCCUGAGUAUCAGCAGAGCUUGGAGAUUUACAGGGCUGCUUCCCCGCUGAGCCUGAAACGGGGGCUGACCACCAUGAAAGACUUCUACAGCGCUAAGCGGAGGACUGUCCACAACAAGCCUAAGCCUGACAAGCCCAAGCCUGACAAACCCAGGCUGUGACAUGGUGGAGCUCAGCUCCUCUUGCCACUGGGAACAGCCGCUGAUGCUGAUGUGCCCUGGGGGUGUCGGUGGCUCUUUUCCCCCACCCUGUACUGUGUAAGCUGUCUGUAUGAAGCGAUGUAGAAUCUGUAGUUUCCUAUUUAUGAGUAGCUCUGGGGUCCUGAGGGACCUUCACCGUGUGCAAUGUAUAGGAGUAGUUGAUGUUGAGGCUUGUAGCCCCGUGGAGGGGAUGGAGGAGGACUGAAAUGGGCCUGAUGGGGCUAAGGCGUUGCCUUGCCUGCAGAGAAGUGUGUGUCCUUGGUCCUGUGGUGGUGGGGCCAAGCAUUGUCCUUGCACCACCCUCCUGUCCAGCUGUGGCCCUUCCCCUCCCCGAUGGCUGGCCAUGGAGGAUGCUGGUGCCACCAGCUGGCUGGGACAAGAUAAAGGGUCACAGCUGUGGGCUGUAGAGCCCUGGGACAGCCGGGCUCUGAGGACACCCCGGCUGCUGGCACAUGGUGGUGGUUCCCUUCCCAGCGGUGGCGAGCCCUUGGCCGUGCCUGCGAGCAGAGUGACUCAGGGGCUGCUCCUUCCCAUGGCUGCUUGGGAGAGGAAAUGCUGUUCCCUGGACAGCCCUUCCUUUGGGUGACUCACCGGUGCUGUCACCUGUCAGACAGGCUGCAGAUGGUGACAGACCUGCUGGAGGUCCCUAGGGCUGAGCUCAUGGUGGGACCAGUGCUGCCUGGGAGGCUUUGGGGUCCCCUGGACUCUGCUGACCCAAACCCCCACUUUCUCACCUUGGUGGCGGUGCUUUGCCUCCGUGUUCCUGCCUCCUCCAACACUGACACCAGGCUGAGGAGCUGCCUGCUCUGCCUCUUGGUCUGCUCCAGGAGAGUUCUGCUCACCAACAAGAAUGACAUUGAAAGACAAAAUUGUUGCUUUUUUCCUGGACUACUCCUUUGGGGCAGAGUGGGGGAAAGGAGCCUCACUUGGCUCUGAGCGGCUGGCUUGGGUCACCUCUGGGACUGAGGGAUGUCCUGGAGCGAAGGCUGCUCGCUCCCAGCGCUGAAGGAUGAGUCUCCCUGCUCUUGAAGGACUCAACACUGUCAGAUCUCGGCACUUUGAUGGGGCUCAUCUCCUGCUCUGCUGGAUUUGGACUCUGGAAACUGGUGCAAGAUGGUCCCAGGCAGAAAAGGGAUGGGGUCAACCUCCUGCCUUGCACCGUGAUGCACUUUGCUGUCAGUGAAGCUGGCAAGCUCCCAGCACUAAAUGUUUAUUUAUAUUAAAAAAAAAUGCUAUUAAGUCUGUGUGGGGGGAAGGGAAAAUACCUGUUUGUCUAUAAAUGUUAACUCUGAAUAAACACUUGUGUAAAGGAA